AAGCUGGUAUUUUAAAUGUUUGUAAUUUGUUGUGUUUAUACCGAGAACCCUGAUACACAAUUUGAUGACCUUCGGCACAGUGAAUCAUAGCUAUGACACCUUUCAAACAGAAGUCGUCAGAGCUAACUUUCAACUUUUACUAAAAGUAACAAAAAUAGCUAAGUAUUCGCAAAAAAAAAGAAAAUAUAAUACUACCUAGCUCCGUAAGAGAAACCAUGAUAGUAGUACCUAUGUGAGCGAGCAAUAACUUCGCUAUGCUUCAUCGGCAUUUAAUUUCUCGCCCGGAAAUUUUUAUUUUACGAUCAUUCAUUAAGUAUGAUUAGUAUGAUUUUGUUACAUACUAACUUCUGCCAGUGGCUUCGCCCGCGUACCCAGGGAUAAAAAGUUUUUAAACACACGCAUUUUUGGAACCCAAAAAAAUGAUUAAAAACACUGCAAUCUAGUUAUUAUUGAAAAAAUCAAGGACCAGAUUAUCAAUGAAAUGGAGGAUAGAAAUAAAAUUAGCAUAGAAAACAAAUUAAGGCAUUUACGUAUAACUUGUAGCAUGUUUACUAUUGUUUACUCUUUUUUUCAUUUUGGUUCUUUAGCUAUCAAAUAUUAGGUUUAAACUUGUUGCACGGCAUCUGAUCAAACAAAAGAGUUCGAAAUAAUUUUACACCGAAAGCCAAUCCACCUUAAACUCUAGUAUAUGACCGAAGUCGUUUUAUUCAUUCAUAAAACACUAACGACUUGGUGAAACGAUUAAUUAAGAGAUAAGAGUUACGCGUACAAGAAGUUGAAGUUCUCUCAGUACGUAGGCUUAGUAAAGUUAUGACUGAUAUAAGAUAUUUUGUGUUAACACUUUUGAGUUUGAAAGCCGUAGAAAGCAACAUGGAAGGGUUUGUUGUUGGAGGGAUAGUACCUGUCAUAACUAAAUUUCCUCACUCUGUGUUUCUUAAAGUAAAAUGUAAUGAAAAAAAUAAAGAGAAAACUAAAUAUUGGUCCUGCGGUGGUUCCGUUUUAAAUCAAAAAAUAAUAUUGACGGCAGCGCACUGCAUGUACGGGUGUGACUCCACCAGUACUUUUAACGUUAAUAUGGGACAUGUCAAUAAGGAUAAAGGCUUUUCAAGCAUGGUUAGAAAACACAUUAUACACAAGGCUUUUAAAAUUAACAAUGCAUCUAAUGACAUAGGAUUGGCGUUCAUUAAAGGUACCAUUGAAUUUAAUUCAAACAUUAAACGGAUCGCUAUUGUGGAAAGUCCCCCUUAUUUUGAAAAAUCACAAAUUGCUGGAUGGGGUUUCAUUGAUGAAAUAACAAAUAAGGAGGACGAUUUUCUUAGGUAUAUAGAUCAAUAUGUUUGGAAGAGAGAUGCAUGCUUGAAAGUACUCAAGCAAAUGCCACAUGGUACUAUCUGUGCAAGAAGUGAGGAUGAAGAAUCAUAUUCUAGUGGAGGUGACUCUGGUAGCGCCCUGGUAGUGAGGGACUACAUCCAAAUCGGAAUCGUUUCCUAUAAGGACUUGACUUACAGCAGGAGUGUCGUGGUCUACACAGACACCGGCUACUUCUACAAUUGGAUCAAAGAAAAUGCGAGAACACUUUAUUGUUAUUAGAAUUUAUACAUGUACAUA